AUGGCAAUCACCAACCUGGACCCAGCACCAGGCGUAGCAGCCAUGCAGUCCUUCGGUAUCCACGCUGAGGCAUUUGGCUCCAACCAGACCGUCAUCGACAAGGUUCUGCCUGAAAUGAUGCACCUGAUUGACCCACACUGGUACCAGUUUCCACCAUUGAACCCACUAUGGCACGCUCUUCUCGGAUUCACCAUUAGUGUCUUGGCUUUCAUCUCCAUAACUGGCAAUGGUAUGGUGGUGUACAUUUUCUCGACUACAAAGUCACUCAAGACGCCAUCAAACCUGCUAGUUGUUAAUUUGGCUUUCUCCGACUUCUUGAUGAUGGCAAUGAUGGCUCCACCUCUGGUGGUCAACAGUUACAAUGAAACAUGGGUAUUUGGUCCGACUGCAUGCCAAUUCUAUGCCUGCUUCGGGUCACUAUUUGGAUGCGUCUCAAUCUGGACUAUGACAGCUAUUGCCUUCGACCGUUACAAUGUGAUCGUAAAGGGUAUUGCUGCAAAACCGAUGACCAUUAACAGCGCUUUACUGAGGAUCCUUGGUGUAUGGCUAUUCUCUCUUGCAUGGACUCUUGCGCCCAUCUUUGGCUGGAGCCGAUACGUUCCUGAGGGCAACAUGACCGCUUGUGGAACCGACUACCUUAGCAAGGAUUGGUUCAGCCGUAGCUACAUCAUUCUUUAUGCGAUCGCCUGCUACUUCCUGCCACUUUUCCUCAUCGUCUACUCGUACUGGUUUAUUGUACAGGCUGUUGCAGCCCACGAGAGGGCCAUGAGGGAACAGGCUAAGAAAAUGAACGUUGCUUCUCUUAGAUCUUCGGAACAGGCUAACACGAGCGCUGAGUGCAAAUUGGCUAAGGUUGCACUGAUGACAAUCUCUCUUUGGUUCAUGGCAUGGACCCCUUACCUGGUAAUCAACUUCGCGGGAAUUUUCGAGACCUCACCAAUCAGCCCACUCUCAACCAUCUGGGGCUCCGUCUUUGCUAAAGCUAAUGCCGUUUACAAUCCAAUUGUAUAUGGCAUCAGCCACCCGAAAUACCGCGCUGCUCUAUACCAGAGGUUCCCAGCCCUGGCCUGCCAGCCAUCACCAGCUGAGGAGACCGGCUCAGUGGCCUCCGCCGCAACCGCUUGCACCGAGGAGAAACCAUCUGCUUAA